UGCAAGCAAGCAAGCGAGAUAACAUCGCGUUAUACUUAAAUAUGAUAUAAAAUUAUACAGCUAGUAGUGGUAUUGUGUGAAAUUAGAUUUGCGAAGCAUUGCGGUGUGUAGUGAAUACAAAAAACAGCUGAAAAAACACUCGUCAGUGUUCUGUUUCGAUAAUUCGUAAAUUCGCGCUCGCUCGUCAGCUAGCUGCGAUACAUACAUAUAUAGACUUAGAUUGUUUUGACAUCUAUUUAAGAACUUUAUCUUAUCAUCUUCGUAUCAUCGUGUAAUGCGUAUGCAGCGACUAACAGCAGCCUAUCGUCGGUGGUCCGUCAGACUUGCCCUCGUCCUCAUUCGUUGUGCUAUGUUAGAAAUCUAGCAUUUGCUUGCUGUAUGAUACGAGUAUCGUGUUAAGAGCAAAUUGAGAGUUUUCAAUAAAAUUUCGCAAAAAGCCGUCGCAAAACUGUCACCGCCGACAGACAAAAUUGUGCUUAAAAAGCUGAAAAAUCGUUGUGCCAAAAGUUCUUUCAUAAAUUGGAAACGUCGCAAAAGGAGGCGGACGGCCAACAGCAGCAGCAGCGGCAGAGCAGGUUGAAGUGAUUCAAGUAAAUGCCGCAAAUCAGAGUUUUUCACAAAGACAGAGAUAAAGACAAUCGGCCUAAAUGUGGCACAAAAACAACUACUUUGACCACCUAACUGAGAGCAAGUAAAUUUAGUGACAAAUAAAAUACAUAAAUAAUAAUAAACGCACACAAUCAAACGUAGAAGUGCUUGUGAGUGAAAAUAUCAUCGAUAAGUUGCAAUAAUAACAAUAAACCCGAAAAAGCGCGCCCAAGUUAAAGAAACCAGUUCGUAGGCACGCAGCGGACAGCAAGCCGCAACAAAAACUGAAAUAAUAACAACAAACUUAUAUACUAUACGCGUAUAGAUAAAAAAAAAAACAAUAUUGAAACAGUCUUUUUUGCAACGUUGCCAUAUAAACUACAGAGGCAAGCAGGCAGGCAGUCGAGUUCUUCUCGAUUUUCUCGGCGCUUGUUUGUUAUCAUUGUAUCCGCCGCUGCAAUAACAAACGGACCAGCGAGCAUCAUCGUCAAAUACGGCACAAGUCAAAAGGCAUAACAAUGCGUUUCACUUACAAUCAGUAUAAUUAUUCCGAAUCCGGUUAUCGGAUUCCAUCCAAGAUGCACAACAGCAACGCGGGUAACGGCUCAUUGGCGGCCGCACAUCAGCAUCAUUACAGAAGUAAUUUUGGUAUGCGUAUGACCAUGUCGACGGCAUCAACGAUGACAGCACGCAUUCAACGAAAAGGUUUUCGUACGCCCUCGAAGCGAUAUCCGGGCAAGGCGAUACCGAGUAAAUUGCAUUCUGUUUCGCGGAUUGGUCCUGGUAAAUUGGUGCCUGGCAAGCGUUUUCCACCACGACCACAUCCACCGCCCUGCGACAAUUCCAAUGAUAGCGGUUUUGGCUUCGAUCAGCAUGUUGAAGUACAACAGCAGCAACAACUGCAAGCCCAUCAUCACCUGCAUUCGGCCAGUGGUAGUAGCGCCAGCAGCAGCAGUAGCAGCAGCAGCAGUAGUAGUGGUAGCCCAGGCAAUAGUAGCGAUAUUAUGCAGAACAACAACAACACUGCCACCAAUCUUAGUAUCAAUAAUAAUAACACCAGUAGCAACGGUGGUCAUCAUCACGGUAAUAACCAUCAUCAUCAUCAUCAUGGACAUGGUCAUCACCACAGCUCGUCGGCAAUGCCGCACUCGGCGCAUGUCAUACGUGCCAUACCGGCCUCAAGUUCAACACCCAGCAAGAAAUUUGUCAACUCCACGGACGAUGAGGACUAUUUCGAAGAUUUUUGCACUGAUGACUCCAAUGAUUACUAUCGCAAGCGCUUGAAUUCGGAUUCUAACAGUCAGCCGCUUGGUGGCAAUAAUCAAAAUCAAACCACGCAACAGCAGCAACAACAACAACCACAAUAUGCGGAAGACAAUUCAACGAGCACGAAGCGUAGAAAGCUCGAAAGCUUUGUGGAGCUCGACAAUGACGAUGCGUGUAGCGAAGAUGCUUUUAUACGAAAAAUUGCCAGCGCCACCAAUUUGGAAGCGCCAACCGUUGAAGCACCGCCACCAACACUGAUGCUGUUGCCCACAGUGGCGCCCACAAAAUUUAUACCAACAGGUCCUCGCGCCAUGACCAGAGUGGCACACAAGCGCCAGCCGGCGGUGCCGCAAAAUACUAUAGUGACCUCAUCGAAUGGACGUGUGCAGCUGGAAAUUGUCUCUCAGCCAGAGCAACAGCAUCGUGCGCGUUAUCAGACUGAAGGCAGCCGUGGCGCUGUUAAAGAUCGCAGUGGCAAUGGUUUUCCCAUUGUGCGUCUCACCGGCUACAACAAGCCUGCUGUGCUGCAAGUAUUCAUUGGCACUGAUAUCGGCCGCGUGGCACCACACAUGUUCUAUCAAGCCUGCAAAGUUGCUGGUAAAAACUCCACACAGUGUAAUGAGAAGAAAGUGGACGGCACCAUGGUCAUUGAGAUCGAUUUUAAACCAGAGUCUGAUAUGACAGUUACCUGCGAUUGCGUUGGCAUACUCAAGGAACGCAACGUUGAUGUGGAACACCGAUUUCCGGAUCAUUUGGCGCAGAAGAAUAAAAAGAAAUCAACACGCUGCCGCAUGGUAUUCCGCACACAGCUAACACAUGAUGAUGGCACCUUGGAAAUGCUACAAGUCUGCUCAAAUCCUAUUAUUUGCACACAACCACCAGGUGUGCCGGAAAUAUGCAAAAAGUCACUGACUUCAUGUCCAGUAGAUGGUGGACUCGAACUUUUCAUUAUCGGCAAGAAUUUUCUCAAAGACACACAUGUGCUCUUCCAAGAGACCUACGAGAGUGUACCGCCAAAUGAAGUUGCAACUGAAUUAGCUGUGCGACAGCAUUUAGGCGGUGCAUUGUGGGAGCAAACAGUGCUGCCCGAUAAGGAAUAUUUACAACAGACUCAUUUAGUGUGCGUUGUGCCACCCUAUAUACAUCAGAAUAUACUCAAACCAGUCACUGUGCAAUUGGUAAUUAUUUCCAGUGGCAAAAAGAGCGAGCCACACGCUUUCGUUUACACGCCAAAAGGUAGUUACACGACCUUGGCAGCUGCAACCACAUUAAGCUCAGCGGCAUUGCAUGGUAGCUUAUCAGCGGCACAAGAUGCCAACACAUUUAUGGAUACAACGAACGCUUUGGCGCCCGCACUGGGUGGUACUGCGGGCGCUGGUGGUGGCGCUGGCGCAGUGCUUUGGCCUGCCGGCACGGAGACCAAACAGGAGAUCGAUUCCGGCAUGAUGCCACCACCAAUUACCACGCAAAUGCCGAUGGGUGUGCGCCGCCCUUCAUUGCCCACCGCCACGCCCAUGUUGACGGAUCAGCAGUUGGUGCGCCUGAACGUAGCUGACACGCUCAAGACUGAGUUGAUCGAUGAGACAUCGCAAAGCUCACUGGCCGAGGCCAUACAAGCGCCCGAUGUGGUUAUGGCUAAUUGCGGCGCACCCAUUAGUCCGUCGGCCAUGCAGUUUCACGCACAUUAUGAUCACAAGAACAGCAUGGACGCGAUGAUGUUCGAUUCGAAUAGCAUGUCCGCGUUUCCAGUAGCUGCCGUAGCGCCGCCAUCCGUAGCGGCGGCCGUUGAGUUGGCCGUCAAGACUAAAAUCGCUAAAGCUGUGGCACAACAACAACAAAUUGUCGCUGUAGACAAAUUCAUUACGGAUUUAACCAAAUCCACAGCGGUGGCAGAUGAUCCCACUGUGGCGGCUGUUGUAGAGGAAACUCUAUUUAGCGGCGUGGGUGGUGUUAAUAGCGCUGUCAGUGCAGUUAUUGAUCAUCCAUUCGGUGACAUUAUGCAGCAACAGCAACCACCAGCCAUACUCGAACGUAGUUUGUCCAUAUCGAGCAACUCUUCCUCGAAUUCUAACAGUUCGAGUGGUUCUUCGCCACACACUGGUCUCACAGCCACACUCUCUGUCUCACCAAAUAACUCGUUGAAUGGCCAUAAUUCACCCAUUACACAGGAUAUAAUAUUGAAUUCAGAACCUGCGGCUGUACUAAAUGCCAUGCCGAUGCAACAACUCUUGCCUACAGCUAUGGGUGGCAGCCCGAACGCAGCUGUGUCGCCGAAUGUUGUGGUCGAGGCGUCCGUCAAUGUACAAGGCACGCCAAAUGCCACAACCGUCGCGGAUCCUACCGGCGGCAUUUCCACGGAAAUGAUCAUGAAUCCCGCUGUAUCGCCGUCCACGAUACUAUGUUCAGCUAACGGUGCUGCCACGGCUGUGGUGCCGAAUAUUAUGGCGCCACACCAAGUCACCAUGGCCAAUUCGAUUUUGAAUGAUAUCGCCAUGCAACCGCAACCAACACAACAACAUGCUGCCGUUGCGGCGCUUGCGCUUAGCAAUAUCAUAAUGAGUCCGACCAGUGCACCGGGUGCGGUGGUGGAUGAUGUGGCCAGUGUUGAGCAGACUGUUGAUCAACCGGCCGAUGUUACGGUGGCCACUUCGACUGCCGUUAGUAAUUUGAUUAUUAAAGCCGCUGCCGAUCUGAUAUCUACCCAAGAGAAACAGCAACAACAACAGCAUAUACAACAGCAACAUCAGCAAAUCCAACAGCAACAACAACAGCACAUACAGCAACAACAUCAGCAAAUACAGCAGCAACAACAGCAAAUACAGCAACAACAACAGCAAAUACAGCAGCAACAAUUACAACAGCAACGCCAUCAUCAUCAUCACCAACAAGCGGCACAGCAACAGCAACAGCAACAACAACAUCAGCCGACGCAAGCAUUAAUCAAUGGUGCCGCCGCUGCUACCACUGCCAGCACCAGCCCUUUGGUGAACUUGCUUUUAAAUCAUCCCGACGCGCCACCAUCGGCCGCAGUGGCAGCAGCCGCUGUCAGCGAAGUUCAGUCGCAAUUCUCAUUGGCCAUUCCGCCCACAGCUGCCCCGCAGGAAUCUCUCAUUGUCGCUUUGGCCACCGAAAACUCAAUGCAAAAGUCCGUAGCCGCAGCUGCAGUGACCACAAAUGGCGCUGUUGUUACGCAACAAACUACCGCUCCAGCUGCCGGUAUUCUGCCCGGUGCUGCCGUUGGACCCGUGCCUCUUCCGCAAGAGUUGACCACCAUGUCGGAUCAAGAUUUGCUUAGCUACAUCAAUCCAAGCACUUUUGAUCAAAUCUAAAAACAUGGCGUUAAUUGAUUUCGGCAAGUGAAGGAACGAGUGGCGUACAACUUUUGUGCACCGCUGAUAGCAUUCAGAGGCAUUGAUUGGAGGCAGAGAAUGGUUCAUGGCUAUAGCGUCAGUUUACUAGUUGCCCGGAAGCAUUGACAGUUUGUCAAUUGUGACACACGAGAAAUGUGGUGUGGAUGGGUGGAGCUAUGAGGCAGCUAUGGCAGCUGCAAAAACAACAACAACAAACUUAAACUAUAAAUUGACAACAUUAGAAAUCAUACAAGUAAUUUAUACAACAUGCAUACACACAAACACAUACACACAAAUAAAUGUUGUGUCAAUGUUAACAUUACAUUGUUAUGUUGGCAGCGAAACCAUGGAAAGCUUAAAUUUAAGCUUUUCGUCGUGUUUAAAUGUUGAAUGGAGCAAAAAAAAAAAGUUGUUUUGAUGUCAAACGUUAUUAGCGGAGAACUAAAGAUUUUCCUUAACUACAUUGCGAUUGCAAUUGUUAUAUAAUCAUGUUUGCAUAACGAUAACUGAAUUGAAAAAGUAAUGUGAAAUUGUAUGAAAUAUUUUAGACACAUGCGUUUCUAGUUGUAUAAUUUUGACGUAAUUAAUUUUUUCUAAAAAAUUUACAUACAUUUUUGAGAAUUUCUACUAAUUUCUGAUUCUGAAAUAUUUGCGAUUUGUUACAAAAUCUAAAACAAGUCUCUGGUGCUUAAAGCACAAAACUGCAUACAAAAAAAAUAUAUAAAUGAAAAAACACAUAAGUAAAAUUAUCUCAGCAUAAUUAAUAGAUUACUUAUUACUGCCAUAGGUCAAGUGAAGAUUUGAGCUAACACUUACUGUUAUUAUUAUUGUUAAACUUAAAAUAACAAACUUGAUGAUUUGAAUUGUACUACUCUCGUCGGUAUUGCAACAAAAAAUAUACACGAGACUAAAACUAUACAUAAAACCUUAUAGUAUAGAGUUUUUAAUGUCAAGCUUUGAAAUAUAGUAUCUAAUACGUAUUUUUGUAUAAGUCUAUACUAUGUAUCUGAUUAAUACAUUUAUUACAAUAAUUAUAUACACAAACAUAUACAAAAAAAAAAUUACAAAAAAUCACCAGAAAUAAUAUUUAUAUAAAUAACAAUUGAAUAAGUCUUAUAAAUAUACACAAUAAUUUGCAAGCAAACGAAUUUGCAUUACAAAUAUGGUCAAUAAGUGGAAAAGUGAACGUUAAAUUAUUGAAUUGCACUAAAUUGUUGGUUAAAAAUGUUGCAAAGGAGUGUGUUGAAACUUUUAGUUAUACAAAAUAAAUUAUAUAUAACAUUAAA